AUUUUUUAAAGUAACCUAAAAUGGCAGCCACAGGAGUUUUGCCGUUUGUUAGAGGAAUAGAUUUAACAAAAAAUGAUUUCCAGGAGGCUAAAUUUCCAGAACAUGUGGCAGACAUGACAGGGUUACGCUGGCUGAAAUUAAACAAAACUGGGCUCAAAGAGCUUCCAAAAGAAAUUGGGAACCUUAAAAAGAUGGAACAUUUGUCGCUGAUCAAGAACAACAUAACAACUCUCGGGAAGGACAUUAAGAAUCUUACGGCUUUGAGAACGAUCAACUGUCGAUACAACAAACUCACAGAUAAGGGGAUCCCUAAAAAGCUGUUCCAGCUGCAAGACCUUUCUGUAGUUGAUUUUAGCCACAAUGAAUUAAAUGAAGUUCCACCAGAAUUAGAAAAUGCCAAAGGUGUCAUUGUGCUCAAUAUUAGUCAUAACAACAUAGAGAUGCUUCCCAACCAGCUGUUCAUUAACCUGCUAGACCUGACCUACUUGGACCUGAGUCAUAAUAACCUCGAGACGUUACCACCCCAGAUGCGUCGUCUGACAAGCCUGCAGACCCUGAUACUAAAUGACAACCCGCUGGUACACGCUCAGUUGAGACAAGUGCCUGCCAUGACCUCCCUACAGAUGCUUCACAUGCGCAACACACAGAGGACUCUUGCCAACUUCCCUUCUGGUCUAGAAUCCCUUGUCAAUCUUCAAGAUGUGGAUCUGUCCAAGAAUGAUCUGUUGAGGAUUCCUGAGCCGCUGUACAAAGUCAGCUCCUUGAAACACCUCAACCUCUCAGACAACCAGAUAUCAGAACUGUCACUUCUAAUUGAUACCUGGGUAAACCUUCAAACUCUGAACCUUGCUAGAAAUAAGAUUCAAACACUGCCAAACUCUCUUCACAAGAUGCAGUCCCUGAAGAGGCUAUAUUUGAACUCCAACCAACUGGACUUUGAGGGAAUCCCAGCGAGCAUCGGCAAGCUGCACAAUCUGGAGGUGUUCAGUGCCGCCAACAACAACAUCGAGAUGAUACCAGAGGGGCUGUGCAGGUGUGGCAAGUUGAAGAAGCUGUUAUUGAACAGUAACCGACUGAUCACCUUACCUGACAUACUUCAUUUGCUGCCAGAACUGGAGACCUUGGAUGUGCGAGACAACCCUGACCUUGUGAUGCCUCCAAAGCCUGCUGAGAUGCGAAAGGACAGGGAGUUCUACAACAUUGACUUCUCACUCAAUAACCAGCUGAGACUGGCUGGGGCACCCACAACGGCUGCUGCCACCUCGCCACAACCGUCGAAGGACCCCGUGGCCCGUAAGUUACGCCUGCGUCGUCGCCGUGACAAGCAGGAUGAGAGUGAGAAGGUGCUGAAGGGCAUGCGUGAUGUGGCCAAGGACAAGGACAAGGUGGCAGAGAGGCAGCAAGAGGAUGAACUCAAGGCUCUCAAGCCCAAGAAAUGGAAUGAGAACCUGAACCGACCUCAUCUGGACUACAGUGAGAUCUUCGAGGAGGAAGUCGGACAGAUUCCAGGUCUGUCCUGUUGGGAAAUUGAAAACUUUCUACCUAACCAAGUAGAAGAAGCCUUGAUUGGCAAGUUUUAUGAGGCCGAUUGCUACAUCAUCUUAAAGACGUACAUUGAUGAGUCCAACAGCUUGAACUGGCAGAUCUUCUACUGGAUUGGCGAGCAAACCACUCUGGACAAGAAAGCGUGUGCGGCGAUACACGCAGUAAACCUGCGUAACUUACUGGGGGCUGAGUGCCGAACAAUACGAGAGGAGAUGAACGACGAGUCAGAUGAAUUCCUUGACCUGUUUGAGAACCCAGUCUCGUACAUUGGGGGAGGACGCACUUCUAGUGGCUUCUUCACUGUUGAGGAACUGUCUUAUGAUACAAAAGUGUACAGAGCUAUUGGUGUCCAGUCAGUCCACAUGGAAAGGAUGCCUGCCACCAUGGGUUCUUUGGAUCCUAGAUUUGUGUACCUGGUGGACACUGGCCUGUGUAUGUACAUUUGGGUCGGAAAGAAAUCCAAGGGCGUCACAAAAACCAAGUCUAGACUGAUAGCAGAGAAGAUUAACAAGAAUGAGCGGAAGUCCAAGGCGGAGAUAGAGGUCCUGGCCCAGGGGGCUGAGGUGCCAGCAUUCUGGAGAGCACUCGAUGUUAUGAAGACUGAGGAUGUGAAACCUUUCAAGGAGUGGAUCCCAGAUGACUAUGAGAUUCCCGAGGCUCAUCUGUACAAGGUCGGCCUAGGCAUGGGGUACCUGGAACUGCCACAAGAGGAGAUACCCGAAGGAAAGCUGAAGCAAAAGCUUCUUGACACCAAGCAGGUCUACAUUCUUGACUGCAAGACAGAUGUUUUCGUGUGGAUAGGCAAGAAGUCAACACGCCUGAUCCGAGCUGCAGCUCUCAAACUGUCACAAGAGUUGAACAGCAUGUUGGAGAGGCCGGACUACUGCAGCGUGACGCGGUGCUUGGAGGGGACAGAGCCCCAGAUCUUCAAGACUAAGUUCAUAGGCUGGGAUGACGUCAUACCCGUGGACUAUACACGUACAGCAGAGUCCAUCAUUAGGAGGGGGGCUGAUAUGAAGGUGAUAAUGGAGCGAGACAAGUUGAAGACAGACCUGUCAGCCCUGUUCAUGGCCAGGCAACCCUCCAUGCCUACAGAGGAGGCUGAGAAUCUGAUUGAGGAAUGGAAUGAAGACCUGGAUGGUAUGGAGGCCUUUGUUCUGGAGGACAAGAAGUUUGUAAGGCUUCCAGAGGAUGAGAUAGGUAUAUUCCACAGUGAGGACUGCUAUGUGUUCAUGUGUCGCUACUGGAUACCAGAAGAGGUGCCUGAGGAUGAAGAUGAGGAUGCAGAGCUUCCAGAAGAGCAGAUCAAGUGUGUGGUCUACUUCUGGCAGGGCAGAGACGCUGGCAACAUGGGCUUCUACAGGUUUACAUUCAGCUUGCAGAAGAAGUUUGAGGCCCUGUUUGGUGACAACCUGGAGGUUGUGCGCACCCAUCAGCAGCAGGAGAACCUCAAGUUCAUGUCACACUUCAAGCGCAAGUUCGUCAUCCGGCGGGGCAAGAGAACGCAACCCGGCAAGGGGGCUGCCAAGGCCCAGGUGGAGUUCUUUGAACUGCGGGCGAAUGGAGGCAUCAUAUCCACCAGGUGUAUACAGAUAAGGCCACAUGCAGCUUUGUUGAACUCGUGUUUCUGCUAUAUCUUGAUGGUUCCGUUUGACACGGAGGACCUCAAUGGAGUGGUCUAUGUCUGGUGUGGCAGCAAAGCCAACCAUGAAGACGCCAGUCUGGCUGAGCAGAUUGCCUACGCCAUGUACAAGAACAACUACACCGUUCAGAUGAUCAAUGAGGGGGAGGAGCCUGAGAACUUCUUCUGGGUUGGCAUUGGUGGCAAGAAACCAUAUGAUCAGGAGGCUGACUUCAUGAACUACGCCCGUCUGUUCCGCUGCUCUAAUGAGAAAGGGUAUUUUGCUGUAUCUGAGAAAUGUGCAGACUUCUGUCAGGAUGACUUGGCAGAUGAUGAUGUUAUGAUACUGGACAACGGUCAGCAAGUGUUCCUGUGGGUCGGCAAGAAAACAUCUGACGUGGAAAUCAAACUGGCCUUCAAAAGUGCACAGGUCUACAUACAGCACCUGAGGAACAAACAGCCUGAGCGGCCCCGCAAACUGCUGCUGGCCAUGAAGUACAAGGAGCACAAGAACUUCACCAAGUGUUUCCAUGGCUGGGGAAAGUACAGGGAGGUGCGGGAGUAACCAUGACAACAGUGAAUGGAUAGCGCAGGGAUGUAAAGAUUGUGUGAUGGGGCUAUUGUUGUGGUCUUGAAAGUUGCUGUAUGGAAAUACACCUUUGCCAACAGACAAAAUGGAAAAGUUUUGUAGAGAUCCUCCAAUUUCGUGAGCUGUCUGCAUUCACAUGAUGGGAAACGGAUAUAUCAGCCUGAUAUUUGCUUUCAGGUGCAAGUUUCACAUAGUUUGAAUAACAGUUUAACAAAAACAUGAUCACAAUCAGGAAAUAUGCCAUCUUUGAAAAUGAUGUAUGAACCACUUUUUUUUAUUUUUAAAUUUUAUACGCAACAUAUUAUACAUUUGGAAGAGUACACAGCUGACAGUCACAUGCUCACAUUGAAUUGCCUAGCAGCUAUCCAAUAUGGUAUGUCAGGUGUGUACUGAAAUCAAAGUACAAGAUUAUCUCUCUUUCUGUACUUCAACAAUUUGUGUUCAUUUGCUCCAAGAGGCUUUGUGAUAAUAUCUGUUUUUAUAGAUCCUUAAUGUAUGUUUGUUUUCCAUAAGUCAUCAAAUAAAUAAUUUGGGCUAAGUGUUUGUUAUUCAGCUCAUAAUCAACAGUUUGGAGUUAUAUAUAUAGGGAAUAUAACAAAAAGGCAAUAGCCAUAUAUAUAGGAUAUAUAACAAAAAGGCAAUAGCCAUAUAAUUAUAUAGGGAAUAUAAAAAAAGGCAAUAGCCUGAUUUGUUUAAUAACAAGCAUCUUUACAACAUGCCGUUAGUUAUUACUGCUACGACCAACAUUUAGCUGGAAAUUGUUUUGAUUUUUCCACAAAUCAAUGUUUAAUUUGUUUGUAUUAUGUAAAGAGUGAAAAUAUUAUGCUUAUAAAUGCAAAUGAAAUACCUUAUGAA